GUCAACAUUCGCUCGGCCUCUCAGUCUCCGUCCGCAUUGGCACCCUUCACUCGGUCGAUUUUCCGUUGUAGAUAUUCGUUUUCGGGGUCCACGUGUACUCCGAACCAGGCAGUUCACCAGAGAACCCAGAGAAAUCCAGUUCUAUACCUCUAUCAUCGAAAAUGAGCGGCUCCACCGUGUCUUCGGGCGCCAUCUUGGGCAUGGGCAACCCCUUGCUGGACAUUUCGGCCGUGGUCAAGCCGGAAUUGUUGGCCAAGUACGAACUCAAAGCCAACGAUGCCAUCUUGUACGAGAAGGAGGAUCUCUUCCAAGAGCUGCAACAGGAUUACCCGGUGGAGAAUAUUGCGGGCGGGGCCACGCAAAACUCGAUGCGGGUGGCCCAAUGGAUCCUGGGCCAACCCGGCGUGUGCACCUUCUUCGGCUGUGUGGGACAGGAUGAGAGCGGGCGCACCCUGGAAAAGUGCGCCCAACAAGCCGGCGUCACCGUCAAAUAUCAGAUCCACGCCCAACACCCCACGGGCAAAUGCGCUGUGCUCAUCACGGGCCAGGAGCGGUCCCUGGUCACCAAGUUGGACGCCGCCAACCACUUCACGCCCGAUCAUUUGGAGCCCAAUUGGGGCGUGGUCCAAGCCGCCCAGAUUUAUUACAGUUCCGGCUUUUUCCUGACCGUGAGUCCGGAUUCCAUGCUCAAGGUGGCAGAGUACGCCGUGGCCGAGGGCAAGACCUUUGCCAUGAACCUGUCGGCCCCCUUCUUACCCCAGUUCUUCAGCGAACCCAUGCUUAAGGUCAUGGCCUUGUCUGGUUUGGUCUUCGGAAACGAGACCGAGGCCGCGGCCUUUGCCGAGAAACAAGGAUACGACACCAAGGAUGUGGCUGAGAUUGCGCGGAAAAUCGCCGAAAUCCCGUUCAAAGGCUCGGCUACCCGUACCGUAGUCAUAACACAAGGCUCCGAGCCCGUGAUUGUGGUCGAGAACGGUCAAACCCAGUUGUAUCCCGUGGACAAGUUAAGUAGCUCGCAGAUCGUAGAUACCAAUGGGGCAGGCGAUGCCUUUGUGGGCGGCUAUUUGGCCCAAUUGGCCUUGGGCGCUGACACGGCCACUGCCGUGCGUUGCGGCAAUUAUGCGGCUAAAGAGAUUAUUCAACGAUCCGGUUGCACUUUCCCCGAAACCAUGAGCUUCAAGUAGGUGUUGAUCUGUUUAGGUUCAACUCGAUCGUAAGAGAGAGAAACUCCUAAACAAACCAUUUCGCUCUUGACAUACCAUCCAUAUGACUCUUCGCAUUCUUAUAUCAAAUACACGCCACCGGCAUUCUGUAA